AUGAGGCAAGAGAGGAAGCCCAAACACAAAAAAGUGAUGCCGACUGAAGGGCCUCGGAAUAUAGUUUAUUGUGUGCAUUUGUUUCAGAAAUUCCAACAUGUUGUAAUGGAAAGAUGGGAGGACAUGUUCUUAAACCAAGUUGUCAUCUUAAAUUUGAUCCUUAUCGCUUCAGAUUCCACCAAUAACACUUCUCAGCUACUUAAUUUGCAGACUUAUCUAUUUCAAGAUCCUUUUGCUAUUUCGAAGUUGCUGGCUGUGAAAAUAUUAGUAACCGAGACUAAAUCUAUUUUGUAG